UCACGGUGGUUCACGCGCGCGCCGCGCCUAUAAAUACGCAUCCUGAACACGAGUCACAUAGAAGUGACAACAACCGAGCUGAGAAGCGACCCCUCCGCUAAUUUGUGACGCUCCGUCCGGGUCAAAGAUAUGGAGAGCGGGGAGAUUCGCGGCUCGGAAAGGAAGCGCAGAAGACGCGGCUUCAUUCUGGCUGCGGCCGCGGUGGUCCUGUUUGUGGUUAUUCUCGCUGUUGUGUUAGGAGUGUCGCUAAGUGGGCAGAGGGAGAGAGAAGAGUUUAAAGACACGUUCAUGGAGAGAUGUCAGAAGUUCAACGGGAGUAACUGCCAACACAUAUGGGAAUUAUUUCAGCAAGCCUACGUGAACCAAAAUCCUUGUGAAGUUCCCCCUAACGCCUACGACGCCCUUAUCGCUGCAGCUCCCAUGAAUUAUCCCUGCAACACACUGUUGUUCUGGAGCAAAACAAAGGACGUGGUCCAAGACUUCGCCAGGAAGAAUAAGUGUUUCCUGGCUGUGGAGGAAACCCUGCUGGGAUCGACCCUGAACGGCUUGACCUGGUGUGGAAAGAAGGGCAGCAAUGGUUUUUGUAUUUUUUAUUUUACAUACUAAUACAUUUUCAUGUUCACGUGGAACAUCCAGAAAGCUAAAGUUAAAGGUUGGAACUGACUUGGCUUCCAAAAAUGUCAUGUUAUAUUAUAGACGCUGCUUGUUCUUAUCCGCACUUUGCCUCAUUACAGACAAACUUAAAUGCAUUUUAUAGGGGCUUUUUUAUGUUAGACCAGUAAAAAUUUGAUUUGUCCAUAUUUACAGUUGCGACAUCUUGCUAUGGAGAUGCUUUUCUUCAGCCGGAACAGGGAAGCUAGUCACAGUUGGCUAGGGGGGCGCCGAUUUAUGUUUUUGCAUCCACCUGAAUAAUGUGUAUUUGCGCCACUGACUCUAUGGGAGCAUGUUCGUCCUGUCUGUACGCCUGCAAUAAAAUGGCUAAAAAAACAUUUAAUAUAUGGACUU